GCAUUGAUAUGAUUGGCCCGCGGUUAGUGGUUCUCUUUUCCUCCCUGGCUGCCUAAAGCUCGACCGCCAUCAUGAAUGACACAGUAACUAUCCGGACCAGGAAGUUCAUGACCAACCGACUACUUCAGCGGAAACAGAUGGUCAUCGAUGUUCUUCACCCCGGAAAGGCAACAGUACCUAAGACAGAAAUUCGGGAAAAACUAGCCAAAAUGUACAAGACCACACCAGAUGUCAUCUUUGUAUUUGGAUUCAGAACCCAUUUUGGAGGUGGCAAGACAACUGGCUUUGGCAUGAUUUAUGAUUCCUUGGAUUAUGCAAAGAAAAAUGAACCCAAACAUAGACUUGCACGACAUGGCUUGUAUGAGAAGAAAAAGACGUCGAGAAAACAGCGGAAGGAACGCAAGAACCGAAUGAAGAAAGUCAGGGGAACUGCAAAAGCUAAUGUUGGUGCUGGCAAAAAGAAGGUAACGUGUUUUGAGACGCUACACGAUGUAGUAUCUUAACCUCACUAGAGUAGCUUUGCCCACCCUUUGUCAGCUCACAGAUUAGCACAACGCGGGCCACAUCGGUUCAGUCAUCUUGGUGGGCCUCUUGCAAGCCCUAUCAGGAAAAGUUUCCCAUUUUACUGCUAAUUGGUUUAGACUGUUAAUGGGGAAGUAUGUCUGGUUCCCGGAGAUUAAAUUUAUUUGCUUAAAACGGAUAACUGGUUUAAGAAGCUGUUGAAUCAAUGUGGCCCAUGUUCUCCUGGCAUGCUGGAGAGGCAGCUGAGAGAUCUCAAUUGCUUCCUCUCCAGUUAGCCAAGACUGAAGUGAUUUUAAUGAUAAGCAGCUUUUUACCAGCUUUGCUAGCUAACUGUAAAUAAUAGUUGAAUGGAAUUAAGGUGCUGGGUUGUUAAAUUA